AUGGAGCUCAUCAGAGUGUAUGCAGCUUUUCCUCGUAUUCACCCAAACAGGAAGCAGUUUUUUGAGUAUGAAUCUUUCUCUGUUAACUGUGAGUUUGAUGAGAACUCUACAUGGAGAGUCAUGAGGAGGUUGAGGGAAAAUGAAACUUCUUCAGAAUUGGAGGUAUUUAAAGAAUCGUUCAAGAAAAAAUUAACUCUUACAUCAGACAGUGGAGAAUACUGGUGUGAAAAUGAAGAUGGAGAAAGAAGCACCGAGGUCCACAUCACUGUCACCGCUGGGCCUCUGAUUCUGGACAGUCCUGCUGCUCCUGUCAUGGAGGGAAACCAUGUGACCCUGGUCUGUAGAAGGUCGAUGACCUCCUCCAACCUUCCUGCUGGUUUCUACAAGGACGGCGCUCUUCUGGAAACUGGAUAUACUGGAUCUGUGACCAUUAGAAAUGUUUCAGAACAUGAUGAAGGACGGUACAGAUGCAGCGACUCUGGACUUGGACAGUCAGCGGAGAGUUGGCUGAAUGUUACAGGUCUAAAUAUGGACAGACAUGUUAAACACAGCAGUCCUCUGGAACAUGAGCGUUGCAGGGACAUGUGUCCAUGUGAACGUCCCUUGGUGUCACCUCAGUCCUGUCAUGUUUAUCUGAUUGUACGCACAGUUUCCACUGUUCUGUUGGUGGUUCUUCUGCUGCUGUUGGUGGUUCUUCUUCACUGUGGGAAACUUAAAGUUAAGUUUAAAUAACUGACCCCAGUUCAGACGUAGAAGGAAAAGCAGGUGUCACAGAUCACGUAUCUUGCUGUGGUUUCCACCAGACGUCAGACAAACAGAGUCCAUUCAAACCACACUUUGAUGACCAGUUGGUCUGUUUUCUCCAGAGCUGCUUUCUGUCUGCUAUAGUUGUUUUUAGACUCUGCAGAUACAGGUGGGAAAUAAAGCUUCUUAGACCCAAACCACAUAAUGUUCAUAUCAGAGGCUGAGGCUGUGAAAUAACAGUGGUUUUUAAUAUCAGCUUAUAGAUAUAUACGCUAACGAAUGCAAAAACAUAAA